UUGCAUUGAUCUUAUUAGUCCAGUCAGUACUUUGGAUCCAGGUAUUGACGCUACACGAUGAUAAGAUAACUAAGGAGAGUAAGGGUUUGUUCCAAUCAUUAGUCACCCCAUCUUACUCUAAUGUCAACAUUUCAAGUUCAAAACAAACUCAGCAUCUCAAGUUGAACUAUUUUCUGGAAAACAAAACCAAAAAUAAAGUACGAGUACGCAGACUUUCUAGGAGAAAAAGAUAUGCAAAUGUUCUAUUAGAAGACGGUGGAAAUUCGAUAAUGAAAUCAGCUUCCAAUCAACUAGAGACUGUUAAUAAAGACACGGAAUGGGAUAAACAAGAAAUGUCUGACAGUUUUCCUUGGGAUAAUUCACAUAAUAGCAUAACAGUAAAGAGUACGUCAAAGUCCAUUCAAAGUCAUCGAAAGAAUGAGGACACUUCAGUGUACAAUGCACAGGAGUCAUAUCAUUCCAACUUCGUCUUUACAACAAAAAACAGUAACCAAAUGAAUUAUAAGAAUAACCUUAUGAACGAUAAACCGGAUUUUAGAAUAAAACGUGAUAUGAAGAGUACGUAUUACUCUCAAAGAGAAGAUCAAAUUAACCAAACGAGUCAUCAAAACCAGCUUACGCGAAACAAGAACAUCUACGACAAUAAUAAUAAAAAUUUAUCUUUUCUCCUGCCAUCUUUUCGCAAUAAGACUCCUAACGUUGAAAAUAAAAUGAUGCUAAAUCUCAGCAAUAAAAAUAUCAGUGAUGCUGAAGAUGAAAUGUCGUCAUUGUACAGUAAUGUCAUUAAAUAUGGAAAUCAGACUAUUUUAUCAUUUAGUAAUGACCCUAGUCAUACUGACUAUAAAAACCUAACACUCUUUGACAGCAACUCCUCUAACUUAAGCAAUAAAUAUGUUUCAUCCGAUAUCAUUCCAUAUUCAUCGUUGAUUGAGAAGAUAACUGCUGUAUCUAAAGGAUUGUUCACAGUACUUAGCCAGAAUCAAAGUAAUAUACCUGGUGUAACAAAUUUCGUUUUCAUCAAACAAGUUUCCAAUUUCUCUAAUGAAAACAUCUUACCAUUCCUUAUUAAAAAUGACAUUUCACUGUUAAAUAACCAAACUAAAACUAGUAUUAAGAACACUGUUGUGGCAAAGAAUAACAUUUUACCAUUCGGAAGUAAUAAUAUAUUACUGUUGAACAGUAACACAAAUAUUUUGGCCUAUAAGAUAUUUUUUUCCAGUAAUGGUAAUAUCAAGUUUCAUAAAAACAUAUCUUACAGUAAUAGGAAUGUAACUUCACCCUCCAGCAACAUUACUAGUAUCCACAGCCAUAAAACAAAACCUUUCAGAAGCAAAGCUACAAAAGCUGGUAUUAAUACAACUUCAUCUUUCAGCUAUACUACUACAACCUGUUGUCAUGCAACAAAGUCCUUUAAUAGCAAGGAUACAGAAGUUGGUAACAAUAUUACUUCAUUUACUAGAAACACAACUAACACUCUGGAUAAUAAAACAAAAACCCACAUUGAAAAUACUACACUAGUUGGCAUUAGCACUUUACCCAACAAAAGUAGUAGAAAUGUAUCAUUUUCACCUUAUUUGAACUCUUCUACUGAUUUGGAAGUUGAAGUAACAAGAAGAAACCAUCCAAUGACAAAUGGUUCUAGUAAUGCCACAGAAAUGUUACCUCCAGAAUUUCAGAACGACAUUGCAUCUUUUCAAAACUUAUUAGAAAGAGUUUUUGGUAAACUAUGAACAACAUUUGAUAGGUAUUAAAAUGAAUUUUUGUCA